AUGAACCAAAUCCGCUCAACCCUCGCCCUAACACGGCAAGAAAUCGACAAUGGCAUUCCCGACUCCGCCUCCUGGCAUAAAGACUACCGUCACACUGCCUACGUUUUCAUCGGCGGUCUUCCCUACGAACUCUCAGAAGGUGAUAUAAUCGCCAUCUUCUCACAAUACGGUGAACCCGUACACCUCCACCUCGCGCGCGAUAAGGAUACUGGUAAAAGCAGAGGGUUCGGAUGGCUAAAGUAUGAAGAUCAAAGGAGUACGAAUUUAGCGGUGGAUAAUUUGACCGGGGCUGUUGUACUGGGAAGAACGAUUCGAGUCGAUCAUGCCGAGUAUAAACAUAAGGAAGGUGAUGGGGCAGAGGAGGCAUUCCAAGGGUUGAAGAUCGGAAAGGAAGGGAGGAGUGGUGGAAAUGAUGAGGAAGAUGAAAGGAGGAGUAAACGAAUGAGGAGAGAGGAGAGCGAGGAUGAGGAUGAGAAUGGUGGAUUGGACCCUGAAGAGGUCGCUGAGAGAAGGCGGGAGGAUCGCGAACUUGCGAAGUUGGAAAGAGAUCACGAUGACGAUGACCCGAUGAAGGAUUAUCUAAUACGGGAAAAGAAAAAGGAGAUCGAAGAGGCAAGGGCUGGACGAGAGGCGCGGAAACCCUCAAGGAGAAGGGACAAAAAGAGUUCAUCAGAUCAUCGCUCAAGGCGGCAUAAUAGAGAUGAUAGGGACGAAAGUGGUGGUGGUGGUGAGAAGGAUAGACAUAGACAUCGGUCACAUCGCAGCCACAGAGACAGAGGCCGGGAUGAUGAAGGUGACGAUAGACGCAAGCAUCAUCGAGACAGAGGUCAUGACAAGCCCCGAGACAGGGAUGAUAAAGAUAGAGAUCCUCAGGAAACAAGAAAAGAUCGCGAACGGGGAGAAAGUCCCAGUGACGAUAACAGGCAAAGGCGACGUCGCGAUGAUGAAGAUGAGGAUAGACGCCGUCGCCGUCGAGAUGAUGACCGGCAUCGAGAGAAGGAUCGCAGAUAUCGAGAUGACGACACCCGGGAUCACAGGAAACGUCGCGACUCACGGGAGAGAUCCAAAUCGCGAUAA